AUGAAACUUUGGACAUCUCCCUGGGUGUCUUGCCUGGUGAUUCUCCUCUUGUGUUUUGGAUCAGAUUGCGGGACAGUCCGGAGAAAGGGGAGAUCCAAGAGGGAGUUAGUGCGCAUUAGGGAGGCGAAAGCCACCAUCCCAGGGGCUUGUGCCACACGUCUGCCCCGGGGCAAACGCUCUUUGCCCGGCUUGGAGCGACGGGUGCUCCGGCAGCGGCGGCGCUCCUGUCUGGCGGAUGAAAACUCUCCAGAGCGGGGGAAAGCGGUCUAUUUCACCGGCAGAGGGGACCAGCUACGGUUGAAGCCUGGCGUGGAGAUACCCCGAGGAAAUUUCACUCUGGAGAUGUGGAUCAAGCCGGAGGGAGGUCAACGAUCACCCACAGUGAUUGCAGGCCUCUAUGACAAAUGCUUCUACGCCUCCAGUGACCGAGGCUGGCUGCUUGGCAUCCAGGCCGUCAGCGAGCAUGGGAACCGUGACCCCCGCUUCUUCUUCUCCCUUAAAACCGACCGUGCUCACAAAGUGACCUCCAUCCACUCCAACGCUCGCUAUGUCCCGAACCAUUGGGCACAUGUGGCAGUUACGUACGACGGCGUGUACAUGAAGCUCUUUGUCAACGGCGCCCAAGUUGGCGUCAGUCGUGAGCAAUCGGGUGACAUCUUCAGCCAUUUGACCAAAAAGUGCAAAGUUCUAAUGAUUGGUGGGAAUGCACUGAAUCACAAUUACAGGGGGGCUGUGGAGAGGGUGGGUUUAUGGCGGCAGGCCCGAGGGCAAAGGCAGAUUAUCAGGGAUAUGCAGGGUCAUGAGGACUGCCUAGAUCUACCUCACCUGGUUAUUCGAGAAACAUUCGAGCACCCAGGUCGAAAGUGGCUUACUGUCAAAGAUGGUAGUUUUCCCCAGCCAGUACAAGGGGGAAUUGGAAAUUCUGAGGAAUUAUUGGACACUAAACUAGAGCCGCCUGCUUGUGGUCAAACAGUCUGCGACAAUGUCGAGGUCAUCAAAAACUACAACCAGCUUUGGACCUUUCGUCGACCCAAGAAAAUCCGAUAUCGAGUCAUAAACAUUUGGGAUGAUGCAGGGAAGAGGCCGACUGUAUCAGACCACCAGAUCAGCCUGCAGCACCAGCAGCUAAAUGAUGCCUUUAGCCCCUACAACAUCACAUGGGAGCUUAGCAUUCACAAUGUCACCAAUUCCUCCCUCCGAAACCGGUUGAUUCUCGCAAACUGCGACAUCAGCAAAGUUGGGGAUGAUGCAUGCGACCCAGAAUGCAACCAUCCGCUGACAGGCUAUGAUGCAGGGGAUUGUAUGUCUGGACACCGGAGUCGAUGCCCCGAGCACAAGCAGGGGAAUGGUGUAUGUGAUCCUGAAUGUAACUGGGAAAACUUCUUCUAUGACCUCGGUGACUGCUGUAAUCCCAAUGUGACGGAUGUGACGAAGACCUGCUUCAACCGCUCCUCUCCUCACAAGGCCUAUUUGGAUGUAAAAGAGCUGAAAGAGAUCCUGCAUUUGGACGGCUCGACUCACCUGAACGUCUUCUUUGCCAACUCUUCUGAUGAAGACCUGGCGGGGGUUGCCACUUGGCCCUGGGACAAAGAGGCGCUCACACAUUUGGGUGGAAUUGUGCUCAACCCUUCCUUCUAUGGUACAUUCGGCCACACUGACACCAUGGUCCACGAGAUCGGCCACAGUCUCGGACUCUACCACGUGUUUCGAGGCAUUUCAGAGAUCGAGUCUUGCAAUGAUGGGUGUUUGGAGACUGAGCCAUCAAUGGAGACAGGAGAUCUGUGUGCAGACACCAACCCCACUCCCAAAUACAAAGGCUGCCAUGAUCCAGAACCGGGCAACGAAACCUGUGGCUGUCGGCAUUUCACGCACACGCCGUUUAACAACUACAUGAGUUAUGCAGAUGACGCCUGCACAGACUCCUUCACACUGAACCAAGUGGCCAGGAUGCACUGCUACCUGGAUCUCAUCUACCAGACCUGGCAACCCGCCUCCAAACCUCCUCCGGUACCCAUGGCGCCCCAAGUUGUAGAGCAGCAUCAUAACUCCAUCACCCUGGAAUGGUUUCCACCCAUAUCUGGACACUUUUACGACAGAGAAGUGGGAUCAGUGUGUGAUAAAUGCACUGAGGGGGGAGUUCUGCUGCAGUACGCUUCCAAUUCCUCCUCCCCAAGGCCAUGUGCACCCUCUGGACACUGGUCCCCACGAGAGGCAGAAGGCCCCCCAGAUGUGGAGCAGGCUUGCGAGCCAAGUGUACGCACCUGGAGUCCCAAUGCAAGAAUCGAGCAAGGUGUCGUUGGCCUGUCUGAGUGCCCUCUCCAGGGCUGCAUGCUUCAGCUAGAGUUCCUCCACCCACUUGUACCAGACUCCCUGACUGUGUGGGUCACCUUCUUCAGCCCUGAGGAAACAGCGCUACCAGCAAUCCACAACAUCUUACUGCUGACUGUCAGUGGGAACAACAUUUCACUGGGCCCUAGUAAUGUCUUUUGUGACACUCCAUUAACACUGAAGCUGGACAUAGAGGAAGAGGUGUGCGGGGUUCAGUUUUUCACUAUGGAGCAACACCUUGAGAUUGAUGCCACCCUUUUGGCAUCCAAGCCAGACUGCACACUCUGUAGGCACUGCCAACCACAUCGCUACCGCCUACUACGGCAACCACCUUUCACCCAUGCACCACACGGCCUUUUACUGAAUGAACCCUCUCGCCGAUACACCGACAGGGAUGUGGUGCCCCACGUUGCGUACACCUAUCAGGUCCAAACCAUCUCCAGCCGCAGUGAGAGUGAGCCUUCCCCACCUUUGGUGCACGAAGUUGGGGCACCUUACUGUGGGGAUGGGCGCAUCCAGAGUUCCAAAGGAGAGGAAUGUGAUGAUGGGAACUCUAUAAAUGGUGAUGGCUGCUCCAGUCAGUGCAAGAAAGAGCCGUUCUUCAACUGUAUUGAGGAGCCCAGCAUGUGCUACUACUACGAUGGCGACGGUGUUUGUGAAGACUUUGAAAGAGAGACUGGGGUGAGGGACUGUGGCCUCUACACCCCUAACGGUUUCCUUGACCAGUGGGCCUCCAGCGUGGACGUCUCCCACGAGGAGAAGCCUUACUGCUCCGGGGAGGUGUCUGCUGGAUAUCCUGCUGUCACUAAGACGUGCCAGUCCAAGGUGUUUGAUCUAUCUGAUGGAGUGUCCCAGUACGCCUGGUUCCCCUGUCGAGAGGCCCAUGAAUCAUCCUGGGGAUAUCCUAACUACUGGCUGAAGGCGUACUUUUCUCAUCCCAUGGUGGCGGCAGCAGUGAUUAUACAUCUGGCUGCUGAUGGGACGGGCUACAUUGACCAGACUCAGUGCAACAUCACUGUUCAGCUGAUUGACACCAAGGAAGGCAUCCAUAGUCUAGGUGAGUGGCGUCUCAGCUGUCGCACCAACCCUUUAGUGAUCCCGGUGAGUCACGACCUGUCAGUGGCCUUCUAUCACACCAAGGCUAUCCUGGUCAUGUUCGCCUCUCGCCUCGUGGCCAUCUCUGGCGUUGGCCUGCGCUCCUUUCAGUCCUUCGACCCCAUCACGAUCAGCGGCUGCCAGAGCAAUGAGAUCUACAACCCCACAGGCCAGAGUUGUGUACAUUAUUCGUGCGAAGCCAUUGACUGCCAGGAACCCUUAAUCCGCAAUGCAGAGCUCAAGUGCAGUAGCCCCGGCCGGCACUUCUACAACGGAGACCGCUGCACCAUCUCCUGCAACUCUGGCUACGUCCUGCAAAUCCACCAGGACGAUGACAUCAUCAAGAGCCAGUCGGAUUCUUCAGUUACUAUAACCUGUGCAAACGGGAAGUGGAACAAGCAGGUGUCAUGUGAGCCGGUGGAUUGCGGUUUGCCAGACAAAUACCAUGUCCAUCCAGCAAAUUUCAGCUUCCCUGAGGGUACCACCUAUGGCAAGAAAAUAACCUUUCAGUGCAAAGAGCCUGCCCAGCUAAUAGGUACAAACAACACUCUGUACUGCCUUGAAGAUGGUCUUUGGUCCUUCCCUGAAGCACUCUGUGAGCUUCGCUGCCCUGCUCCUCCUCCUGUACCCAACGCCGUGCUGCAGACCAAGCGCUGCAAUGAGACGGGCCUCAAAGUGGGCACGCUCUGCAAGUACAAGUGCAAGCCAGGCUACCAUGUUGCCAACAAACCUAAGAGGCGCGCAUUUAAGCGUCAGUGCACCGAGGAUGGCAGCUGGCUAGAGGGGGCAUGCGAGCCUGUGACUUGUGAUCCCCCACCUCCCAUCUUCCAUGGCUCCUAUCACUGCACCGACGGCUUCCGUUUCGACAGCGUCUGCAGACUCAACUGCACCGAUCCUGCUGGUAAUACUGCUAUCGCCGCCACAGGAGGCUCUGCCCAUACGGUGAGGCUGCUGCACGCUCCAUGCAAGCAGGGGGCAGGGUCCAAUGUGAUCCGCUGUAAGAAAGAUGGGAACUGGACAGGGUCAUUCCGCCUGUGCCCGCACAGCAAAGGACAGUGUUCAUUACCUCAGAACCUCCAUUAUAGCCUACAGUACUCGUGCAGGAGAGGACACGGAAUAGGUGAGGAGUGUGAGCUGACAUGCCGAGAGAGCAACAACGAAGUGGUGAUCCUGCCCAGCAACAUGACAGUAGAAAGUGUUCUAAAGGAGCACUGGAGGAACCCUCACAAAGUCAAAAGUAUAGUCUGCACUAUGGGACUGAAGUGGUAUCCACACCCAGAAUUGCUCCACUGCAUCAAAGGAUGUGAGCCAUUCAUGGGAGACAACUACUGUGAUUCGAUCAACAACAGAGCCUUCUGUAACUACGAUGGAGGAGACUGCUGCCAAUCCACUGUCAAGACCAAGAAGGUGAUCCCAUUCCCCAUGUCCUGCGACAUACGGGAUGAAUGCUCCUGUCGGGAUCCCAACGCCAUAGAGAACAGAAAGGAUGAACACGUCCACUCCCUGGGGUGA